UGCCGAGCAAACUCAACCGAAACAACACACCACAAUGGGUCUCUUCUCUUCGGGUCCCGCCAAGGCGGAGGAAAAGCUUCUCAAGUCUGAGGCCAAGGUCGAGGACAAGGACCUCAAAGCCGCCAACGACGACCUCGCCGUCGCCCAGAAGGCCGAAGACAAGUACUUCAAGCAGGUCCACGACGCGACAAAGGAGUACAACAAGGACAAGGCGCACAACGACAAGGCGGCCCUCGAGCUCGAGAAGGCGCAGAAGCGCUACUCUUCCAGCUCGGCCAAGCUGCAGGAGGCCGAGCGCGAGGUCGCGUCCCGCAAGACCGAGCACGAGCGGCUCAAGGCGCGCACGAAGGAGUGCCAACAGCGCGUCGCGGAGCAGAAGGACAUGAUGAACAAGCACGACUCGGCCCGCGAGACGCGCAAGACCGAGCUGUCGCGCCCGAGCGGCGACGACGCGGUCGACGCGGUCCCGAGCCGCUCAGAAGACCUGGCGAUCAUGGACGCCGGCGGCGACGGCAAGCCGUCGGGCGUGCGCGGCGUCACGGCCACGGGGGACAAGCGGUACACUGGCGACGGGCGCGUGGUGAAGGAUGAGCCGGUCGGCGAUCAGCACCUGGAUGGCCUGGGGCGUGACGGGACGAGCGGCACGCGCGGCGUGCUGGGCGUGAACAAGAGCGGCAACAACACUGCCAACACGGCCGGCACCACCAGUGGCAACUACGCCACCAACCCGGGCAACAACACCGCGACCGGGCCCAACGCCAACACGUACGGCGCGCAAGCCGUGCCCAACACGGGCACGUUUGGCCCCGCCACGCGCACUAACAUCAACAAUACGUCCACGCGCGACAACAACAACACGUCGACCCUCGUCGGUGCCGGCCUCGCGGCCGGCGGUGUGGCUGGCGCCGCGGGCGCCGCAGCGCUCCACGGCAACAAGGCCAGCGGCAACGAGGGCACGUACACUUCCCGCGGGGUGCUGUCAGACUCGACGACCGGCGCGUCCGCUCGCCACGCGACUUACGUCGGCGCCGACGGGCUCGGCGAGCGCGAGCGCUUCACUACGCGCGACGGGGUCAAGGAGCACGAUGUCAUGGUCGGCACCGACGGGCUGUCCGCCACGCGCGACGUGCAGACCGACGCCGCGACGGGCACGUACACCUCUCGAGGGGUGCUCUCUGACGCCACGACCGGCGCGUCCGCAUCCCACGCGAAGUAUGUCGGCGCCGACGGCGUCGGCGAGCGCGAGCGCUUCGCCACGCGCGACGGACGCGAGGUGCUCUCCGGCCCGCGGGGGACAGUGGAGCGUAACGUGCUCGUCGGGCCGGACGGGAACGUCGUCGCGGCGCAGUCGUACGACAGCGACCAGCGCUACGGCGCCCCUACGCAGGGCAAGGGCAGCACCAACGCUAACGCCGGCCUUGCGGCCGGUGGUGUGGCGGCAGGCGCUGCCGCACUUGGCGCCUCGGCGCUCGGCAAGGGCAGCGGAGGUGGCGGUGGUGGCGGCCUCGGCGCCGCGUCCAGCCUCCUCGGCGGUACCAAUGACAAGUCCGCGCUCGGCGCCGCAGCCCUCACCUCCAACUCUGGCGGCGCGCUCGGCGGCGCCGCGAAGCAGAUGUACGUCGAGCACGAGACCAAGAAGGUGCUCGACUCGACGGGCGCUUAUCACUCGCAGGUCGACGGCUCGUCUGCCGUGCGCGGCGGGCAAGGCUACGGGAACAAUGCGAGCCUCGGCGCUGGCGCGGCCGCGCAGACCAACCCCAACGCCAGCCUCGGGCAGCGCGCGCCCGGCGCGUGUACCCCCACCCGAAGCGGCCGGUCGAACGCGUACUUCAACCAGAAUAUGCCAGGCGGGCUGGGGACGCACACGCCGCCUGCGAUGGCGUAG